AUGUUAGCAUCUCCAACUAGAUUCGUUACUCAAAGAAUCCCAUUCCAAUCUUCUAAUAAGAUUCCUACGAUCUUCCUUCCUCCCUUUCCCAGAGGAUUUCCUCAGAGAUCAGUGACCAAAUCUUCAGAGAACAUUCGUUUAGUUGCAGCUAUGUCAACCACUUCCGUCAACGCAGUCAACGCCGUCACAGACGCUGGGAGAGGAUCGAUCACUCACGUCAUAUUCGACAUGGAUGGUCUCCUUCUAGACACUGAGAAGUUUUACACGGAGGUACAGGAGAAGAUACUUGCUAGAUACAACAAAACAUUUGAUUGGUCUUUGAAAGCCAAGAUGAUGGGGAGGAAAGCCAUAGAAGCUGCCACGCUUUUCGUUGAAGAAUGUGGAAUCAGUGACUCUCUUUCUCCUGAAGCUUUCAUUGUAGAAAGAGAGUCAAUGUUGCAAGACCUCUUCCCCACAAGUGACCUUAUGCCAGGAGCUAGCCGACUUCUCAGACAUCUCCAUGGGAAAGGAAUUCCAAUUUGUGUGGCCACAGGUACACACACAAGACACUUUGAUCUAAAAACGCAAAGACACAGGGAGCUUUUUUCACUGAUGCAUCACAUAGUGCGUGGAGAUGAUCCAGAAGUGAAGCAAGGGAAGCCUGCUCCUGAUGGUUUUCUUGCUGCAGCUAGGAGAUUUGAGGACGGUCCUGUAGAUCCACGUAAGGCUCUGGUGUUUGAAGAUGCUCCUUCCGGAGUCAUGGCAGCUAAAAACGCUGGAAUGAAUGUGAUAAUGGUACCGGAUCCAAGAUUGGACAAGUCCUACUGUACUGUUGCAGAUCAAGUUCUAGCCUCUCUGCUUGAUUUCAAACCAGAGGAAUGGGGCUUACCUCCUUUUGAUGAUUCACAAAACUAAGACCACAAAGCUUCAGGGUAACGUUAUCAUCAAGCUAUAAGAUACUUAACUGGUUCGCUUUGAUUCUUUAUGAUUGAAGACCCGUACUCUGUUGCUGUACGGGAAAUAAUGUUCAUACACUUGACUGGCAAUAAAAUGAUUUGAUUCUUAUUGGGUUUUUUUCUUUCUUUUAUAUGUUAUGCUUUGAUAAUAUAAUUCGAAUACUUUAUUUGGUGAGUGACUAUGACAUUACAAAACCUCUAUGUUGAUG